CACGUGACUCGGGUUCCCCCGCGAGGCGGGCGAGACGCGGCUGGGAAGGGAGGAUUCUAGGCCGGGACUCCAGCCUCAGUGUACGGCGGGGUAAACUGAGGCCCGAAUGGGCCCUGAAAGGCCAUGCCUAUUUACUGGGAUGACAACUUCGACCCAACCAGCCUCCAGGGAGCCUGGGUACUGCUGACAGGGGCCAGUGCAGGAGUGGAGCUGGCAUACUGCUCCGCCCACCUGAACUUCCACCUGGUGCACACUGCCCACGCUGAGGGGUCACCUGUAGAAGGUGACAGGGAACUGCCGGAUGUGGGCGCCCCCAAGGUCCUCUACAUCGCCUCGGACAUGGCCUCCCUGGGAGGUCCGGACGACCUCGUUCUAAACCACGUCGGCGUCGCCUGGGCGGUCAUGCCGGGCCCCAGCGCCCGGGAGACGCGCUGGCCCUUGCAGGUGCCCCGCCCCCUCCGCGCCGGGCUCCGCCCCUCUCCGCCCAAGGUCCCGCCCUUUUCCUGGGCUGGGCUUCGUCCCAGGGCCUGCGCUCUACCCGUCGCGUCCCGGGCCCCGCCUCCUACCCGUCUCCUUCCCAGGCUCUGCCCCUUGCCUGACCUUGUCUCCGCCCCCAGGCCGGCGCACCACCCCUCGCGCCCCGGGCCCCGCCCCUCAAUCCAGGCCCCGCCCCUUUCCCAUUUGGGCCCCGCCCCCAGGCCGGCGCACCACCCCUCGCGCCCUGGGCCCCGCCCCUCUCCUUUUUCUGGGCCUGGGCUCCGCCUCCCCGUCGGGCUCCGCCUCGGCGCGGUCACUCCCGCUCGCCCCCCGCAGGUGAACCUUCUGAGCUGCGUGCAGCAGAGCUGGUUGGCGCUGCCCAGCCUGGCGGACAGUAGGGGCUCCCUGGUGGUGGUGUCCUCGCUGCUCGGCCGCGUGCCCACGUCCUUCACCACCCCCUACUCAGCAGCCAAGUUCCCGCUGGACGGCUUCUUCGGCUCCCUUCGGCGGGAGCUGGGGGCAGACGUGAGCGUGGCCAUCACCUUGUGUGUCCUGGGUCUCCGGGACCGCACCUUGGCCGCCGAGAGAGUCAGGGCAGUCACGCCGGCCAAGGCGACCCCGGGGCCCAAGGCGACCCUAGAGGUGAUCAGAGGCGGCGCCGCGCGCGCCUCUGGCGUCUUCUACCUGCUCUGGGGCUGGCUGCGGCGCCCGCGGGCCUGGUUCAUCCGCCCCGAGCUCAAUGUUAGGGCCGCAGUUGCUGCCUGAGACUCCAGGGGUGGCGCUCCCUCCUUGCCCCAGACGGGACCUUCCAUCACACCGUCCUUGGUGCCGGGGCACACACCGAGACGCCUCUGAGAGGGUGGCCAGGGCCCAAGAUGGAUUCAUCAAGAUAGGGAAAGAACCCGGAACAACUACCAGCACCUCCAAACAAUCACCCCAAAC